UUGAAAAAAAAAAACAAAGAAAGAAGAAACACAGUUCCAGUCGGACAAGACAGAAAAAAAAAAUGUCUCUUUCAAACGCAGAAACCAAAAUGCCCGAAGAAACCUGUUCCAAGAGAAUCGCAACAGAGGGAGAGAGUUCGGGUCUCAGUGUCCCCGAAGAUGUUGUUCAGAACAUCCUCUCGUUUUUCCCGAUCAAAAACGCAAUCAAAUCGACUCUCGUCUCAAAAAGCUUCAGAGACUCGUGGCUCUUCUGUCGGAACUUGGACUUUAGCGGAGAUUUCGGCCGGAGAGCCGACGCCAUUGACAUUAUCAAGACCGUGUUCGAGCGAAACCAGGCCCCAGAGAUCAAGAGACUGGCCUUGACUCUUUGCUAUGUUGGGGUCCAAACCCAGAUAGAGACUUGGAUUCAGUGGUGCUUGGACAAAGGAUUGGAAGAACUCGAGCUGGAUUUUCUCGAUGGCGUUUUCCCGAUGCAGUGCUCUAUCGAUUUCUCGGCCCUUCAGUCGCUGACAGUGCUGAAACUCUGCCUGGUCGAGUUCCAUAUGCCCUCCUCUCCAAAGGGUCUCAAGUUCUUGAAGUCUCUCUGCCUUUCCCGCAUCCUCGUGACCGAGGAGUUGGUCGCCUCGGUUUUCAAGAACUGCCGAUUCCUCGAGAAUCUUGAACUGGUCGGGUGUCACGGGAUUCGGGAGCUGAGGAUAAACACGAGGAAUCAUAAUCGGUUCAGCUCGUUGAGCAUUGCGGGUUGCAAGGAGAUGAAGAGGAUCCUCAUAGAUGCUCCGAAUCUCGAGUCCUUUACCUUCUCCGGACUGAUCACUCUGUUCGGUUUCGGAGAUGUCAGUGCGGUGAAGGAUUUGAUGUUUCACUUUGUCACUCUGAGGAAAUCCUUGAUGCCUUUCAGUGCGAUCGAUCUCCUCAGCCAUUUCUCCAACAUUCAAGUCUUUACCAUAUCGAACGUCUUUCUCGAGGGUCUCACGAGGAGGUAUGUGGGCAGAAAUUUCACCGAGAUCCUCUUCUGCUUCCACAACUUGAGGGAGUUACAGUUGCUCAUGGAGAGCCAUACCUAUUGCAACCUCUUUGACAUUGCCGACUUCGUCAAGAACUGUCCUCGCCUCGAGAAAUUCUACCUCGACGUGAAUGAUUUCACAUUCGAACUAGGGCUCUAUUGGGAGAUGCAUCAGAAGCAUUUGCUCCGUGACUUCCCAUACAAGUUGAACAGUGUCAAGUUUUUGGAGAUCAAAGGGUUCAAGAACCAUUGGCAUGAGCUCGAUAUCAUCCAGUUCUUCUUGCAGAAUUCCCCGAAUCUCGACGCCGUCGCUUUGGUUGCUCCAAGUAGGCCGAGGACGAGAAUAUUCGAGCCCGAUUUCGAGAGGAGCCGACGUUUCAAGGAAAUGGCACCGCGCGUGAAGGUGACGGUGCACGAACAUCAUCGAUAUGUGCCCAAGAGUCCGACGAAUCAUCUGAAACGAUGGUACUACUACUGAUCCUCUCUCCCUCUCUCUCUAUAUAUGAGACAUAAACAUUAAGAGGGUUCAGAAACAUAUGUUUUGUUAUUUGAGAAUUCCGGUUCUUGUAAUAUGUUUCGGAAUUAAUAAAUGAGGAAAUCGGU